AUGGAGCAUAUUGGCAUUGAGACUCUCCCGUUUGCAAAUGCGAUAGGCAAAGCCUAUGCAACCUUGCACCGGGGCACUGGCAUCAACGGCGAUGAUGUGGAGUUGGUACUUGGCACAUCGGCGACAGGGGCUUGGGAAGAAGACUAUAGGCCAGAGUUGCAGCACCGGGCCGUUAAGCUGUAUUUCUUGGAUUUUGGACAGUACGAGGCGGUAGAUCUGACCCAGGACCCCGAUGAUGCCAAGAAGCUGAAAAACAAGUUCAAUAUAGAGGACUUCAUGCAGGAGUAUGAGAAGUAUGCUGGGGAUUUCUUGUAA